CUCCCUGAUGUCCACAACCACCUAUGGACUGUCAGGUCAGUUGGCCUUUGAUGAGGAUGGUUACAUGGAUGUCAGCAAGUUUCGGGUCAGGAACCUCGUUUUCGAUGGUCGGCAGAGUGUCUGGCAAGAUAUCGGCUGUGUUCAGGGAAAGGAAGUCAGACCAUUCGGAAUCAUCUGGCCUGGGGAUGCUCAAAACAUGAAGUCAGAAACUGAAGGCAAGAAGCGUUACCGAGUGGUAACCAAUCCAGUACAACCGUUUGUUAUGACCGAAGCACCACAUUCGGACUACAGGCAAUGCUUGAGCGACACACCCUGCCUGAACUUAACCAACAAAUUCAAGUCCCAAGAAAUG